AUGGCGUCCUCUAAUCCACGAGGUCCCCCGCCUAAUUCAAGAUAUAAUGACAACAGAAAUGAAUAUACAGAUUAUGGCAAAUCCCGAAGGAAAAAUUUUUACUCAUUAUCAUCAUCUUCAUCAACAACUGGAGCAACUGGAGCAACUCCCAAUAACAAUCCAUCUGUAAAUACUUCACGAAGAGACUAUAAAAGCAACGCAACCAAUGCUACAACAUCCUCUAGAGAUGCUGUGCCGACACAACAGCAACAACUACAGUCACAACAACAGUCACAACAACAAUCACAGCAACUGCAACCAGGAAUAACAAGAAGUCUAAGUGGACAACAAGGCGGUUUAAAUGGAAAUGGUUCCUCUACUGGAAACCCAAAAUUCACUUCAUCUUCUUCUUCUGCUGCAUAUUAUUCCAAUUAUGGAGGAUAUAGUAAUAGCAAUGAUUAUUAUAGAAAUGAUAGUUGGAGAAGUGACCGAAAAUCGACUGGAGAUGCUAGACUAACGUCUGGUAUAAACGCCAACAAACCAACAUCAUCAUCAUCAUCCACCGGAUCAUCAUCCGCAAAAACAUUAUCAGGUUCAAUACCCUCAACAUCAUACGCUGCAUACCACAAGACACCUUAUCGACAACAACCUAAUGGAGGUUCAGAUGGAUUCCGAAAUAAAGAUAGAUAUGAUUCAUAUGACCAACAAUCUACUUCAUUAUCUUCAUCCAUAAAUACCAGUAAAUGGAAAACUAAUCGAAGUUCUUUAACUAAUUCCCUAGGUUCAAGAUAUUCCGCCAAAGACAGAAUACGAGGCUCUGGAGCCCCAACUGCUGCAUCUGGAAGUAAUAGUAUACCAAUAGGAUCUUCGGCAUUAGUAAAUAGUGGAGGUGCUGGCGGUGCUGGCAGCUUGAAAUCAAGAGUUGUUUCAGGAGGUGGUGGAGGAGAUACUUAUUAUCCUGGUUCUGCAGGUGGUUCACGAAAUUCAUAUCUGGCUUCAUCAUCUUCAGGAUCUAUGAGUUCAAUGUAUGCCAAUCCGAAAUUAGUAGAUCGAUAUUCUUCCCUAAAACGAGGUGGUGGAUACUAUGAUAAUUAUGGAAAAAUGAGAAUGGGAGAAGAUAGAUAUGGAUCGAAAAGAAGAGAUGUCAUGGGAUCAAGAAAUAGAUUGAUUUCAGGAUAUGGAAGAAUGACGGAUAGGAGAGCUGAAUCUGAACUGGAGACUGUUAAACUGAGAAUAACGAAGACAACUGGAGAUAGAGAUCAGACUGGAACUAGUGGUGGUGUUCGUGAAAAAGCUGAACAUGAGGAGGAAAUUAUAGAUAAUGAAGAGGAAGAAGAAGAGGAAGAAGAAGAGGCUGGAAAUGAUGAAGAGGAAGAAAUGGAAGAUGAAGACGAAGAUGAGAACGAGAAGGACAGAGAUGAAAAGAACCGAAAUGAAGAAAUUGAAUCCGUUAAGAAGACUACCACGGAAAUCAUAAUCAAUGAAAAGGUACAGACUGGUGAGUCGAAGCCGGAGAUCAAAACAAAGGAGACACCAAAGGUUGAACCAGUCACCACUGAUUCAAAGAAGGAAAAACAAGAAGAAGAUCUCAUAAGACCACUUGAAGACGACAAGGAAGAUUAUUAUCCUGAUGGUUGUAAUUAUCCAUUACCCAAAAUUGAGUUUGAAUAUGAAGCCUUAAAGAAAAAGUUUGAACAAGAACAUAAAGAUAACAAGAGUGGAAUAACGUAUUUGAAAUAUUCAUUAGCAAAGCCAAUCACAAAUUUCACGGAUUUUGAUUUUUUCAUAACGAAUUUUCAAACAUUCCAUAAAAAUAAAUCAAAGCUUAUUGAUAGUCUCAAACAAAAAGAUCAAAUUAUUCAUCAAAAAAGAUUAGCAUUAUGGGUUGAGUAUUCAAAAGGGUUACAACAAUGGGAAAUUGAAAGAUCCAAAAUGGAUCAACAAUUACAUAUUUUGCAUCCUCCAGAUGAUGAAAUGAGGAGAGAAAUCGACGCAGCUGAUCAUAGAAAGACUCAACAUCCUCCACCUCAAGCCACGACAAGCACAACUGAAAGUGCAGCUGUACUUGGAUUACCUAGUUUACCUACCCGUCGAAGUAGAAGACAUGGGGAUUUAGUCACUACCGAGGCUGAAUUUCAAGAGAUUUUAUUACAUUUGGGACAAGAACAAGAUGAAAACCCCAUGAUUAAAGCAGAACGUGUGGCAGCCCCAAUUCCAGAUUUAAUAUUAGAUCCAGUUGAACGUGAUCAUUUUAAGUUUAUGAAUUCAAAUAAUAUCGUACAUGAUAAAUUAGCUUGGAGUCAGCGAGUACAUACUGAUUUUAGUGAUAAUUUCUCCGAACGUGAACAUGAAUUAUUUUGUGAAGGCUUCUGUCUUUAUCCGAAACGAUUUGGUGCCAUUUCUCGUCAUAUGGGUGGAUUAAGAACUGCACAAGAUUGUGUGAUUCAUUAUUAUGUUAGUAAAAAGGCGGUGAAUUAUAAACAAUUAUUAGUUCAAUUCAAGAAAAAGGCUACUAAAAAAGCAGGACGUCGUCCAAAACCGAAAUCUAGAAAUGUUUCACAAAGUCAAACUCCAGUUUCUACUCCGAUUGGUGAAACUCCUUCAAUGGCAUUUCCUGAGAAUGUGAAUAUUAGAGAAAAUGUGAACGGGAAUGAAAAUGAAACUGAACCUGAAAGGACUUUUACUUCUGAGGAUGGUACAACCAUAUCUGUACCUAGUGUAUUUGUCACCCUGAUUAAUGAACCGUUGACUGAAGACUUAUAUACCGAAACUGGUCGUCGAAAACGUGCUGCAGCUCCAGUGUUUGAUAAAUCAGUAAGAAAGAGACAGAAAACAAGGAAGGAUCAAAUUAAUAUUGAAUCAGCUCCACACGCAACACAGCCGCCACAAUCAGCAUCAUCAGAUAUGGAUAAAUCGAUUGAAGGUGAUGUAUCUUCACAAGGACAAGUUCAACAACAGCAACAACCACAAUCUGGACAUUCACAACAAGAUAUUUCGAAUCCUGUUUCUCCGGUACUUAAUCCUAUGGAUGAUGGAAGCAAGGAUCGAGGAGGAGGGGGAAGUCGGAAGACGAUUUCUAGUUAUUGGAGUAUAACCGAAGCAACGGCAUUUCCGAAAUUAUUAGAAGAGCAUGGAAGCAAAUGGACUACAAUUGCUGAUAAAUUGACUACAAAGACUGCUACUAUGGUUAGAAAUUAUUUCCAAAGAAAUGCGGAAAAGAAUGGUUGGGAUAUAAUUGCAAAUAAUGCUGAUCUGAGAUUGGCUGCUAAAUUUGCCGCGGUUUUGAAUAAUGGAGAGAAUGAACCUCAGGAAGCUCAACAACAGCAACAACAACAACAACAGCAGGCAUUUUAUGGGGCUCCAAUUGAAAAGUCACAGAUGUAUAUAAAUGCUCCAAUUCAACAACAGUAUCAAUCGGCUCAAUAUGUUCCAAUUGGAACGUUUCAACAUACGAUGCCUACAAUUUCCAAUGUGCUUCAAUCCACACCUUCUCAACAUGUACAUACUACCCAACCACAACAGCAGCAACAGCCUCAACUUCAAUCCCAUCCAACUCAUUUUCAUCUUGGACCUUCUAUUAGGAAUCUACUCGCAGAUCCUGCAAAACCUUCCUAUUCAUAUGUUCAACAAGUAGUUCAACCCCAGACAGAACCACAUCCACAACCACAGCAUACGUCCACAGCUCCUCAAAGAGGUUCAAUCAUGAGUUUGUUGAAUUCAGAUUCUAGUCCAGCUAAACCCCAAGCCACAGCACCACCACCUCCUCCGGCGCAUGUACAUUCCCAUAGGGCUGAUUUACGUGAUUUGUUGAAUACCCCAUCUUCUCCAAGCGAACCAACAACACCACCGGUACAGAAAGUCAUUCCGACCUCUGUACCUAAACGAGGUGGGAUUGCAAGUUUGUUAUCUGCUGAUCCAGAUCCACCUACUAAUUGA